GCUCUCAGCUCGUUGCCCUGAUCCAGCGAAGAAUCUAUAACCUUCAGGUGCGUGAUGCUAGCGAUGCUGCGUUUGGCAGUCUUGCUCCUUGGUGCCUUUGAAGGAUUCGGAUCCGAGCUUUGCCUGGACGAUGGCGUGCCGGAAAGCCAACGCAAGUACAUCCAGGAUGAUGCGGGCAAUGACAUUCCAAUUGGAGUUUUUGAGAGCAAUUGGGCCUCAUCUUGGCUUCUCAACAAGUUGACGGAAAUGCUGCUUCAAGAAGUCAUGGGCUACCACGCGAAGGUUGAUCCACGCAUGGGCGCAAAUGGGGCUUCUUGCUUCUACGCUUUGCCAGGAUGCCUCGACUUUGACAACAAAGUCGUUGGCGACAAACAAUGUGGAAUUAACGAGACGACGCUUCAUAUCAGUGUGGACUCUUGGGUUGGCAGCUAUGCGUCGGCGAUGGAUCAGUUCAACAAGGAAUUCCCCAGAAUCGCAUCACAAGACUUGGGCGGCAUGGGUUAUGACGGCGAGGAAUCCAUGUACGUGAGCCAGGCCAUCCUGAAUGAUGCUUUUACUGAUUCCGGUCUUGCGCUCGACUUCUACAAAAGCUACAACACUACGCAUCACAACCCCAGGAAGUAUUUCGAUUCCAUCCAUGAUGUGGACCUGUUGGAACUGGAAUUGUGCAAUGAGACGGACAUGAGUAACCCAAGUCGCAUUGGAGACUACGCCAAGUACUCCGGGGACUACGACGGGGUCGUGAGCCAGCCAGAUGGCACUUUUGUCGCCAAGUGCACAAACAAUCGCUGGUGGUAUGCCCCCGCUUGCAGGCAAAAUUCCUCCCAGUGCAUCCCUCUCUUCACAUCAGGUAAUGGUUGGAAGUUGCAGGCGUUAAUGCAAUGGUCCACCGCUUACGGAAUGCCAACAGCCAUCGGACUCUCUAAGGGGUAUGGAACGUGGAUCCAACAUGUGCAGAAUCAUCGAGCCUUACACUACUGGUGGGUUCCAGAUUCGACCUUCAUCGGCAUGUUGCCAGAGCCUUUGAUUUUGGCACGUCACAGCGCAACUGAGUGGUUGGAUGGGGACAAAAAGACCGGAGCAAAAGGAAGCCAUGUAGCCAAGUUGGUCAGUCACAACUUGCAAGCCAAGGCUGGUCGUGUCCGCGAGUUUGUGUCCAACAUGAACUUUGAGCUUCCCGAAGUGCAAAGUCUCCUUUUGGAGCUUCAGCAGUCGUCCACCUACAACGUGUCCUGCAAAUGGAUGCGGGAGAAUCGAGCCAGGUGGUUGAAGUGGAAACCAGUCGAGACCAGCUGCUAUGAGGGCUUUGGGUUGGUUGACGCUUCAGGGGCUUUCGUCUCGAGCAGAGCAGAUGCUGUGGGAUGUGGGCUGUGCCAAGCAGGAUCUGCAUCUGAUGAGCUCAUUGACGAUCAGGGGAGAACUUUCCGAUGCAAGCCCUGCUCUCCAGGAUACAGUCAAGCCAACACCUACUCGACCCAAUGUGAGCCGUGUCCAAAGGGCACAUCAGCAAGCUCGUUUGGGAGCACGCAAUGCACACCCUGUGAUGAAGGUUUUUACCAACCAGACACAGCGCAAACCUCAUGUCUCUCAUGUGGUGGUUCCCGGACAACGCUCUUACUGGGUGCAGGAUCUUUGACAGACUGUGUUUGUGAGGCAGGGACAAUCGAAUGGCAAUCCGUUUGUGUGGCUUGCCAUGACGACAGCAUGCAUUGCCCAAAAGGUAGCACAGUCGACAAGCUUGUGGCAGCUGCUGGAACUACGGACUUGAGGAAUCCCUUUGUGAAAAAGGGCUACUUCAGCAAUCCACUCGCCCCGCUUGACACCUACAAGUGUGCCGGGGAGCUCGUUUGCCCGGGUGGUUCUCCAGGCGAAUGCUUCGGAGACCGAGAAGGUCUCACAUGCGGAGAUUGUCCAGAGGGGCACUAUUGGGCUUCAGAGAAGUGCGAGCCUUGUGGAGCUGUGUCAGUUGCAUGGGCUUUCUGUGUGACCUUCGUUGUGAUCGGAGUUUGUGGCUCAUAUUACAUGCUGACAAGCAGCUAUACUGCGAAAGCCAGCGUGAUGAUGUCCACUACGGCUGCUUUGGGAAUGUUGAUCGCCUUGUUUCAAAACCUUGGUGUUUUGAACACAGUUGCCGUUGAAUGGCCAGCCGGCUUACGAGACCUCCUGAACUUUGCUUCAGUCUUCACCUUCAACCUUGAUGCUCUUGGCUUGAGUUGUGCUGCAGGUGGCAACGUGGCGCGAUAUGUCAGCACGGCGUCCUUCUUUUGGAUCGUCACCGUGGCCUUACCCACCGUGGGUUUGCUGACGAACUUCAUUCCCAUUCUGAAGCGCCGAAGCCUUGCAUGGGAGAAGAAUAAGACCAUCAGCACCACGGGACAGUUCUUGCAGGUAGGCUUCACGACGAUGUGCAACGUUGGCCUCAUGCCGUUCAUGUGCUAUCGACACCCAACCAAUGAACAGAGUAUUUUGAAGUAUCCCAAUGUCUUCUGUGGAACAGCCGAGCACUGGAUCAUGCGGGGCUUUGGUGCCUUGGUCAUCUUCUUGGCCUUCAGCUUCUUCAUCGCAGCCUGCUACGCCGCCUAUCAAGCACCCAGGUGGUCCGGCAAACCCAGGCUGGCAGCGAUUCGCUUCUUGAUCUUCCGCUUCAGGCCCAAUGUUUGGUAUUUCGGCUUGGUCCUCUUGGCCCGAGGACCCUUGCUGUCGAUGCCAGGGGUCAUUGCAACCAACAUGCCCAGCUUGCAGCUCACCUUGAUGCACAUGAUCUUGCUUGGAUCUCUUUGCCUUCAGCUGUGGUUCUUGCCUUGGAAAUCUCCAAUCCUCAACUUCGUGGACGGAUUGUCAGUGUCACUUCUCGUCAUGCUCUUGGCCGGGUCGCUGGGAUAUGCCGACAGCAGUGGGGAAGACGCAGCACGUGUUCUGGCCAUCUUCGGCACGGUGAUUUCGUCGCUGAUGGUCGUGAUCCUGGCAGGAAUGGUCACGCUCGGCCUGUGUGCGCUUUGCUAUCGCUCGGCCUUGGGAAGCUCCAAGGAACUCCGUAUCAUGAACCUUGGGAAGGUGCCAGAGGAGAAAGAUGUCUUUCAGUCCCUCUUGGAUGUGGCCACCUUCCUCAAGGAAGACGCUCAGCCUUUGAGAAGAUGAAAAACGCCACUGUCUUGGGAGUUUUGGUUUGUGGUGAGCAUGGCCUGAUCCAGCAGGUGGUUUUCUGAUCCAGCAGUUCGUCGGGGUGUUUGCCUGCUAGGGGGUGCUCAUUCUCCGGGAAUCCAUUUGGAACUCUGUUUUCGUUCAAUUUUAAAGGGUUUACACAUGGCCCCUGUGAAAAAGGAUGGACUGGGCAAAGAUAAGCAAUUUAUUGCUGACCUGGGCAAGCUCUCAGUCUAUGACAUUGGCACCAUCAUGCGAGCCAUCAACAUCUUGGCGGAUGACUUGAACAUGGCGGUCGGAGAUGGCAUGCGUAAGAGUUCCUCCAAGCGUAUCGCCACCGGGCAACGCACAACCAGGACGGUCUUCCAAGCUGGUUCUGAUAUGAUCAUGUCAUCAUCACCAACCUCUCCAUGCACACAUGGGAAUGCCCGUCAACCACUAUAGACUAUAUCAUACCCUUCAAUCAACUCGCCGCUCCUGUGGGAGUGUACUUUCGUUCAUCCUCGUGUGGGUUGUCCAACUGAUGUUCCAUCGGGCCGUCAAGGAGGAAUGUGACUGGGUGACUUGGUCAGAGCAACGGCAUAUAUGUUGGGUAUGUUCUGACUUACUAACUUAACAUGGAAGUGGAAAAUUGUUCCUUGGAAGACGACUUUCCUCCAUACAAACUGUUUCACUUCCAUGUCAGUGAGUCAAAGUGUAUCUCCAUGUAUCUCCUAUAACCAGCAACAGUGGAUGAUGAUGGUUCAGCUGUACGACGACAUCAGUAAAAUAGUGAUUUGCUUGUGGAACCGAACCCGAGCCAGACCGCAGGUUUCCUAAGACAGACCCAAAAACUAAGUGGAUCCGUCCCAGACCCAGACCUGC